AUGUUUGAAUGCAUCGCGCAAGCCCAGCCACCCCAAUCUCCUGGAUAUGGAUGUACUGGAAACAGAAAGAGAAUUGCUACUGGUAGUUUUCUAUGGAUUUUCAGAGAGAAUCUUUGCCAAGCGCACACAUACGCCGGUGUAUUCGCAUUUUCACAAUCGUUGAUAUUCUUCAUGUAUGCGGUGGCAUUUUGGACUGGUUCAAUCUUCGUGGACAACCACAAUAUGCAACCGACAGACGUCUAUCGGGUAUUUUUCGCGUUCAUGUUCUGCGGUCAAAUGGUCGGCAAUAUCUCUUCGUUUAUCCCGGAUGUGGUGAAAGCCCGCUGUGCAGCAUCGUUACUGUUUUACCUUAUCGAACAUCCAUCGGAGAUCGACAAUCUGUCUGAAGAUGGUGUCAGAAAGGUAGGCCGAAGCUCAGUCCUCAAUUCUUCGUGCUAUGUAUCAUCCUGA